AUGGACUUGAAUACAGUUCUCCUUCAACAGCAGGAAGUUGAAACGCUACUUUCAAAUCUCCAGGAUACUCAUAAGAGAGUGCUAAACUCAGAAACAGGAACAAAUGAAGAUCUAGACAGGAUCCGGAGGGAUAUUCUCAUAUGUCUCAACGACUUGCGCAAGGUCAACUUGAUGAUAAUUGACUCACGGGACGGACUCAUUAAAAAAAGCGUGGCGAAAUUGGAAAAAUACGAGGAUAGAUUGAAGGCUUUGCAAGCAGAGGAAGCAAUCAUCGAAGAAAAGUUGAACGAAUGGACAACAGAAGAACGUGCAAGCACCUCCCAUUCGUCACAGAAAGAUAAAGAUAAAGAUGAACAGUGGGGAUCCAUAUCAAUAAAACUAGUCGGGAACCACUCGUCGAUACUAAACUCCUACAUCGAUACUGUGGGUAUUGAAAACACUACUUUGGCGGAUGACGGCAAUGAGGAAGAUGCGAACCACCACACACCCAUGGAAACCGCUGCAAAGUUCACUCGUGAGCAACUUUUGGACAAUGUGCAGAAACUUCGUCUUUGUGAAGAGCAAGUAAAUGUUGAAAUUGAACAAUUACGGUCCCUCUUGAGCCAGUACGAAAAGGACAAAAGCAUUAUCACUGACGAGUUACGUCGAAAUAACGACCAUAUACAGGGAGAGAUCAACUCACUUCUUCGAGAAAAAGACCGAAUAAAUGACCAACGCAGGAAAAUUCUACGCAAAUUGGGUUUAAUAAAGGACCAUGACCAAAUCCAAACCCACAAAUCCAAACUAUUAUUCUCGUUGAGUGCAUUGACUGCUCCGGAUAAUUCAGAUUUUGACAUAGCAUUGUCUCAAGCUUUCGAAUUUAUAGAUGCAAAGAAGCAAGUGUUGAAGAAAAUAUUACGCGAGAACAAAGCCCAAACCUCAAUAUUACAUCAUAGAUUCUCCACAUGGGAAGAGGUAUUGCAACUAGUACAAGGGCUAGAAGCAAAUCUACAAAAAGAAUUUGUAGAAAGAAAUGGUAACGUACCACGGGAAACGAUCGCAACUAUGAUAAAUAAUACAUUAAAACAAGUAAUAUCGAUAAUGGGCAACGAGAAAGAGGAUUCUACAUUUACAUCAAUUCAUUGUGAAAUUAACGCUCUUCAAAGAGCCUUAAAAGAGCUAAAUAUCGAAAGAAUAUCAACUCCAACCCCUAUCAGAUCUUCUUCCAAGGCACCAGAUAUUUUGCAGAUGGGUAAAUCGCCACCAAAGGUAGGAAUAUCAAGGGAAUUUGCUUCAAAUAUGUCUCAAUCCGUAGAUGACUUCUCCUUGAAAUCUAACAAGAAUGAUUGA